AAAGUCCUAUAACGAAUCCGACGUUCGAACCAAACGUAUCAAAUCACAAAUUCAAUUGUUUAACAUUUCAAUCAUUAGUGAAUCUAUCCUUUUCAAAAUGUUUGCUAAAUUGUGCGUGUUGUUUUUGGCCAUCGGCCUCAGCCAGGCUGCUUCCUCAAAGGUCGAUCCCGAUGUGAGCUUCAUGCAGUAUAUGAUGAAGUCCAGUGCUCUCAUCCAAGCCAGCUCCACCAGCACCGAAUGCUUCGGCAUCUAUUUGCCCAAAUUGCAAGCUGUGGCUGAGCAAUGGCAAGCUGACACCCUCGUCUGUGAGAACACCGCUGAGGAGGCUCGUGAGCAAAUCGAUGAUAAGACCAAGGACAAUCGCACCGCCAUCGAUGCUUCAGCCACCGGGGCUUGCGCUGCUUUGACCACUUGCAGUCAGAAAACUUCUGCUCUAGAUUACUUUGAAUGUUACGAGGAAGCUGGUUCCGAUGAUGCCAAGAUCAUGUACACGAUCUCAGCCAACUCUGCUGAGUUGUUGGCCGUCGUGAUUGAGGAUUACCGUCUCAUCGAUAAUGAGAAAUUUGUGUGCACCAACAAGUCCGAGCGUGCCUAUGUGGAGAACACAGCUCAGGUCUAUGACGAUCUCGACCUUUGUCUGCGCGGUAUCGAGGUUACCACUACCACCAGCACAACCACACAAGCUCCCACUUCAAGUGAAUCCACUCCUGAGCCGUCAACGGAUUCUUCUUCCUCUUCUGCUCCCACUGAAGACACCACUUCUUCCUCAGCCGCUCCCACUGAAGACACCUCUUCUUCCUCAGCCGCUCCCUCUGAAUCUACAACCGAAGCGGCAUCUGAGCCAACCGAUUCCGAUAAGGAGAACUUGCCCGAAGAGGAUCUGUCGACUUUCGCUGCAGAGCAAGCAAAGUUGAAGAGCAUGAUCGAUGAUUUCAAGAAGCUGUUCAAUCGCAAUUUUACAUUUAUUUUCCGGAAUACCAACAACAUGAAGUUCGCAGUUGCCUUCUGCCUGCUGCUGGCCGCCAGCUGCAGCGCCUCGUUGACCAGCGAGGACAAAUAUCUGAGUAAUCUUUUGAGUCUGCAGCAAAAGGCUAUGCGCAACUUGAUCUCUUCGACUGCCAUCUCCAACGAUCCAGACGUGAUUAACAAUUGCUUCAGCAACUAUAUCAACGAUCAGACGGACACUCUGACCACCUAUAACCGGGAAUACAAUGUAUGCGUAGACACAGCUUCAAAUUCUCGUGAUGAAGUGACCUCUCAGAGUCAGACUCAACGUACCGAUCUGCAAGAUCGCAGCACAGAUAUGUGCACUGACCUUUCGUCAUGUGACCACAUUUACGACGGUCUCGAAUUCUUCUUGUGCUACAGGGAUGCGUCCAUCAACAGCUACAAGCAAAUGUUCACCUUGAACAGCGAUGCCAACACCCGUUACAACAGCAUUAAGGCCUCCUAUGAUGUGAUCAAUGUUAAGGAAGUCGAUUGUACGGACACUGCUCGCUUGUCUUAUGCUUCGAAUUUGGAGAACACCCACUGUGGCUCCGACUGUUGCACCAACUGUUGCUCCAACUGUUGCUCCAACUGUAGCACCCACUGUGGCUCCGACUGUUGCCCCAACCGUGGCUCCGACUGUUGCCCCAACCGUGGCUCCGACUGUUGCCCCAACUGUGGCUCCGACUGUCGCCCCAACUGUGGCUCCCACUGUGGCACCAACUGUGGCUCCGACUGUCGCCCCAACUGUGGCUCCGACUGUUGCCCCAACCGUGGCUCCGACUGUUGCCCCAACUGUGGCUCCGACUGUCGCCCCAACUGUGGCUCCCACUGUGGCACCAACCGUUGCUCCAACCUGGCACCAACCGUUGCACCUACUGUGGCUCCAACUGUGGCACCAACUGAGGGUCCAACUAAUGCCCCCGUUACCGAACCUCCAGAAACUGAGCCUCCAGUUACCGAGGCUCCAGUCACUGAGCCCCCAGUUACCAAUGCCCCAACCGAAGCGGAGCCAACAACUGAGCAAGCUCCCGAAGAAGAUCUAAAGAUCAUGCCGCUGUCUUUCACGAGCAGACUGCAGAAGAUCAUCGAAGAAGUGCUAACGCGGUUGGAGUAUGAGACCCGACGUCGCCACUGGCGGUUGUUCACGCUGUUGCUCUUCCCCCUGGCACUGCAAUAUUUGCAUGGUGCCCGCGGUUUAGAUGUGCCAUUGGCGUUGCCCACAGCUUGGCCAGACGCGACACUUGAUGAGUGUCACGAUGAGUAUCAGGUGGCCAGUGCGAAUGCGUCCAGUCAUUACUCCUUCAGCUUUCAACUCUGCGAGCUGACGGCCAACGAAACGAAGAUCGAUCUGACCAUCCAUGAGGAGCUGGAGCGCGAACAAAUCGAACGGGGCCGCAUCGAGGCGUGCGGUAAUCUGGAGCUAUGCGAAACACUCGACUCGGAUCUCGAGUACUUUGCGUGCGUCAGGGAUAGCUAUUUGACGAACAGUCCAACGACUCAAUUCGAUUCCUGCGAACCAAACUCAAAAACUCGACCAAAAAUAAUCAUGAAGCAAUUCUGCAGUGUACUAAUCCUGGCCGCCUUGGCUCUCACGAUUCAAGCCAAGCCAAGCACGGUGCAAACUCAGCUGCAGGGCGCCCUCGAUAAAUAUCUGGUUAAUGCCAAUGCUCGCGAUCUGGAUUUGACCGUCUCUGCGGACAUCACCUCCCAGUGCUUUUCCCUCUACUUGCCUAUGUUGAACGAGGUGGCUGCCACCUUCUCUAGCUCGUAUCAGGCUUGCAUUUCGGUGGCCAACGAUGAGCUGGCCAACUUGACCGCUCAGGCUCAGAAGGAUCAGACCGUUUACCAGCAGGAUGUUACUGGUCUCUGCAGCGCCUUCACCAGCUGUGACGACACCACCGGCAACGACACCACCAAGUUCUUCAACUGCUAUGCCAAUGCUGCCCAAGGCGAUGUGUCUCUGAUCUACGACAUUGCCACCAAUGCCGCCAGCACCGCCAACACUCUGGCCGAGGCCAUCAAGGCCACCCAGGACACGGAAUACCAGUGCACCAACACCACCGAGAGCAACUAUGUCCGUGACACAGCUGCCACCUACGAUCUGUUGGACACCUGCCUGAAGAACGGUGUGCCCACCACCUCGGCGGCUCCCGUUACAGUGACCACAGUCGCUGUGCCAACCUCUACCCAAAGUCCGGUUACAGCUUCUACUGCCGCUGCUGGUUCUAGCACCGGCGCCACUGAUGCCGUCUCUGUGAGCUCAGCUGCUCCUGCUGAUGUCACCACCGCAGCUGCCACUAAGUAAGCAAGAGCAAGAGUUGUAGUUCAAGUUGUUAAAUAAAUGAGCAUUUAUUGAAAA